UCCACAGAGCCGCAGCAGAGCGUCUGGAGGUGAAAAUGGAUUUAAAUAUCAUCAUAGAUCAAAUGGAGACAGGAGACCAAGACUCGGCUUUAGCAGCUCUUCAGACCUUUAACAAAGAGAUGAAUCAGUGUUUUACAUUCAGCAAGGAAGAAGAACAAGACAGAAAGCGUCUGGGGGAGUUGGUGCUGAGUUUCCUCAACAGGGACUUGCAGCCGUCCUGUCAGCUGGCCUGUCUAGAAACUGUUCGCAUCCUGACCAGAGACAAAAAUUGUUUGGAUCCAUUCAUCAGCUGCUCAGCCAUGUCUACUCUGGCCCGGCAUGCCAGCAUCACCGUGGCAACUGCCAGCAUACCGACACACUGUCAGCCAGAGGGACCUGAGGUUGAGAGAGAAGAUGCUGAAGAAGAGGCAGAAGUAGCAAGUGAAGUAAUGGAGGUAGUCUCCUGUCCUCCAGAAAACCCUGACCAGGAAGUGGUUGUGGAGGCUCUGAAGUCGAUCAGUAACAUUCUGCUGCACAAUGAGAUGGCACAGGUGGUUGCAGCAGAUCUACAGGUGAUAAAGGGCGUGGCAGAGAGGCUGAAGCAGUGCCAUGACCCCACCUGGAACCAUGAGGUCCGUUUCUUUGACUUGCGUCUGACGUUUUUGCUGACGGCCCUGAGAGUCAACGUCAGGUCGCAGCUGGCUCAGGAGCUCCACGGCAUCAGUCUGCUAGGAAACCAGCUGGAUACCACCCUGGGAUUAUGUUGGCCUGAUACUUUGGAGACAGCCAGAGGGGGAUCAGCGGACGUCCCACCUGAAGAACUACCUCCCCUCAAUCGGCAACAGACGGAACUAGCCAUGGAAAUACUGAAAAUACUCUUCAACAUUACGUUUAAUAUCUCCAAGAACAAGUUUGAUGAGGAGGAAGCAGCAGAGUACAGACAUUUAGGAGCCAUACUGAGACACUGUUUAAUGAGCCGAGCAGAUGGAGACGAACGCACCGAGGAGUUCCACAGUCACACGGUUAACCUUUUGGGAAACCUUCCUCUGCCCUGUUUGGAUGUUUUGUUGAUGCCCAAAGUGCAGCACGGCUCCAUUGAGUACAUGGGGGUCAACAUGGAUGCCGUCAGUAUGCUGCUGGACUUCAUGGAGAAAAGACUCGACCGGGGAAACAAACUGAAGGAAACCCUCCUCCCAUCCCUAAACUUAUUGACUGAGAGCGCUCGCAUCCACAGAGAAACCAGGAAGUUCCUCAGGUCAAAGGUGCUGCCACCGCUCCGUGACGUAAAGAACAGACCCGAGGUCGGCAGCACGCUGAGGAACAAACUCGUCCGUCUGAUGACCAACAUUGACACAGACUUGAAGAACUGUGCAGCUGAAUUCCUCUUUGUGCUCUGCAAAGAAAGUGUUUCCAGGUUCAUUAAGUACACUGGCUACGGAAACGCUGCCGGCCUGCUGGCUGCCAGAGGACUCCUGAGCGGUGGCAGAGACUCCGGUGUCUAUUCUGAAGAUGAAGACUCGGAGACAGAAGAGUACAGAGAAGCCAAACCUCAUAUAAACCCAGUAACCGGAGUUGUGGAAGAGGAACAGCUGAAUCCAAUGGAUGGAAUGACAGAGGAACAGAAAGAAUAUGAAGCCAUGAAGCUGGGCAAAAUGUUCAACAAAAUGUCAAGCGUGAUCCAGCCCAUGCAGCUUGGCACUGAUGGGAAGAUGAGAAGGCUGACUCCAGAGGACAUGCAUAAGAUGGCCCACAACCCUCAGUUAAACCCAGAAGACCCAAUGAAUUCAGACAGUGAGAACGAGGCGUAGUGAACACAGCGUGAAGAAGCAGAUUCAACAAACCACAUCACGUUUCUGUGUGUAAUCCAGUUCACUAUCACAUACGUCACGUGCACUUUACUUAGAUUAUCUUGGUUUAGCUGAGUUUGAGAGUCUUUAUGUCCCCCUCUGUGAAUGCAGACCGGUCUCUUUAUUAUUAGGAACCACAAGCUUACAAAGUAAAGUGCUGCCAUGAAGUUCUUGUGCAGCCUACUCUUAAAACUGUGUACUGCAGCUGUCAUAAACGUGUGUAAUGUUCCAAGCAGACAGACUGGCAGCCUGUCCAGAGUGCACGCGGCCUCUCACCCUGUGACUGCUGGAGAGGCUCCGGCCUCCUGCCACCCUUAAUUGGAGUAAAGAAAAUGAAUGUUCUGUGCUGCUGACCUUUGUCCUUUUGAACAAGUUCAGAAUGCAGUGAACCUGGUUGUUGAAGAUUUUAUUGGUUUUCUAAAACCAUAUUGAAGACACUUUUUUGUGUGACGUCAUAAAAAAAAAAAACAAUUCUGUUUCAUUUCAAUAUGGAAAUAAAAGAACAAAUGGAAGACGGGUCUCUAAAUGAAGUCGCUAUCGUGUGGAGUAAACUAAUUCUGUUUACACAUUUAAAACCCAAUAUUUUAAACAAAUUAUAUUGAGUCUAUGAGAAACACUUCAGUUUUUUUAAAUAAACAUUUUAGAUACAUAAUGUCUCUCAAAAGUUUUUUUUUGUUUGUUUUUUUACUGGAAUGUGUAAAACCAACAGAUUCCAGAAGAUUCACAUUUUAGAUUUACCAUCAUACGAGGUCUAUUAGAAA